AUGACAAUUGAAGAGCUGCGGAAGAUCUGUAAGCAGCAUGAGUUGUACCUGACACCCGGAGUGAACGACAAGCUUUUCUGUAACUUGCGCGGGUUUCGGAACAUUGCAAAUUUGGAGCCCUACACUGGUUUAAAGGCGCUCUUUCUGGAAGGAAAUGCCCUUCAGAAUGUUGACGGCCUCCCCAGACUGGAGUUGCUGCGUUGCUUGUUUCUGCAGCAAAAUGCUAUUCACGAUUUGAGUGGCCUACAUUGCCUCCCUGGGCUCGAGGUACUCAACAUCAGUACCAACCAUCUGGAGGACCUGUCCGGAAUAGUUCACUGCAGUGCACUUCAGACUCUGUUAUGCUCGAACAACAAACUCAGCAGUUACGAGUCCAUCGCACACAUCCGCCACUGCCAACAAAUCUCCACGCUCGACCUAAGGGAAAACGAAAUCGAGGAUCCCGAGGUGUUGGAGAUCUUUGCAGGUCUGCCCCAGCUGCGCUGCCUGUACCUGAAGGGCAACCCUGUGGUGGAGUCGAUAAGGAGCUACCGCAAGACUGUCAUCAGCAGGCUGCCCGGCCUGACCUACCUGGACGAACGCCCCAUUUUUGACGUGGAGAGGCGCUGCGCUGAGGCAUGGUGCGCACAAACCAAAUCACCACCAUUGUCAAGUUUCAAGCGAUCCAGCCGCAGCCGCAGUGCAGGUUCUAUAUACAGGGCCAGGGCACCAUUUAUCAGACACACCCUGCUCUUGUCCUUUCCUACAAGUGUGUCAGGCUUGUUUCACAUGGCUUUUUCCAGGCAGAAUGCAAGAAAAAAGAGGCACUGUGAGCGCAAGAAGGGAGACGAUUGGAUGCCAGUGGGUUGGUGCAUGCAGGGCUGCGGGUGGGCUGGAGGCUGA